AGAUAUGCUAUAUAUAAAGAUUCCUACUCUCCACUAUCAAGAGCACAGCCAUUCUGAAAGGCGAGAGAGAACUAUCUGUGAUUGAUCAGUUUUACUCCUUUUCACAACAACAAUGGCUGAUGAGGUGACACUGCUGGAUUUUUGGGCAAGCCCUUUUGGUAUAAGAGUGAGAAUAGCAUUGGCAGAGAAGGGGGUCAAGUAUGAGUACAGUGAACAGAACUUGAGGGACAAGAGUGCAUUGCUUCUUCAGAUGAACCCAGUCUACAAGAAGAUUCCAGUUCUCGUCCACAAUGGAAGAUCAGUUUGUGAGUCCCUUAUUAUUGUUCAGUAUGUUGACGAUGCAUGGAAGGGAAAGGCCCCUCUUUUGCCUUCUGAUCCUUACCAAAGAGCCCAGUCCAGAUUCUGGGCAGAUUUUAUUGACAAGAAGGUAUUUGAGAUUACUAAGAAGAUAUGGACAACGAAAGGAGAAGAACUGGAGGGAGCAAAAAAGGAUUUUAUCGAGUGCCUCAAGCUGUUGGAAGGAGAGCUUGGAGACAAGCCUUAUUUCGGCGGAGAGAACCUCGGGUAUGUGGAUGUUGCGUUCGUUCCUUUCUACUGCUGGUUUUAUGCCUAUGAGACCUGUGGAAACUUCAGCAUAGAGGCAGAGUGCCCCAAGAUCAUUGCAUGGGCUAAGAGAUGCAUGCAAAAAGAGAGUGUAUCCAAGUCUCUUGAAGACCCAAAAAAGGUGUACGAGUUCGUUUUGGAGCUCAGGAAGAGGUUUGGGGUGGAUUAAGAUGAAACACAUGUGCAUCCAUGAGCUGACGAUCAGUAUGAUUUCCUCAUGCUGGAGUUGUUUUUCUUUCGAAUAAUGCGAGCUCUUCGUGGCUGUGCCUUCUCUUCUGGUGUUCUAUUAUGAUGCUGGAGCAUGGGAGCACUUCGUUGUGACUCGGCCUGGCAGAGUUUGUGGAUUUGUCUUCGGCUCUUUUGCCUGUCUUGUCGUGCUGUUUUCACUAUUUAUUAAAAUAAUGUGUUGAGAUUAUUUUACUGGCAGGGAUCUGGAAACGUGGAUUAAAUCAUAUUUUAUUAUAAUUUUUUAUUUAAAUUAA